ACACCAACCGCACACAUUGUCGUACAAGAAACUCCCCAAUGCCGAGAGACUGGGGAAUUCGUUGAAAACCGUGAAAGUUUUGACGAAUACAAGAUGUGAGGCGACCUGUUCUGCAAUACCUAACAUAUGCGACUCGUAUAACCUAAGACGAGUUAAUGAUGAUACAUUCAAAUACUCGUGUGAGCUAUUCGGUCCAUGCGUAGCACAAAGGCCAACUAACUCUACAUCUCUCGUUGUCGAUCAUUACAUAAGAGAAGGAUGUCCGUUGCAGAAUGCUUUACUUCCGACAGUCCCUGAUUCAGCAUUUUCCGCCUCGUCAGUCUGGCGGGCUGAUCAUACUCCAGCUCGUUCGAGACUGAAAACAAUAAGCUUUCCAGGUGCCUGGGCUGCAGGUCCGCUAAACAGACAUCAGUGGUUACAGGUGGAUUUUGGUUCAACACAUCGAGUGACGGGCGUUGCGACAAAAGGACGCUAUGACAAUAAUCAAUGGACCACACUAUAUGACAUUUCAUAUAGUUCCGAUGGUAAACAUUUCGAGUGUUUUAAUCGAUUUGAUGGGAAUAAGGACCGGGAUACUCUCCUAAGACAUGAUUUCCAUUGUCCUAUUUAUGCACGGAAGGUACGAAUAUUGCCUCAGGCGUGGGACGGUUGGAUAUCACUAAGAUGGGAACUAUAUGGUUGCUCCCUAUAGACGUGUUCAUUCGUUGCUCAUCACUCGUAGUUCCUAUCACCAAAGAUGAGACAAACAUAUCAUAUUUCAAGAGAAGAAACCUUGUAUUAC